UUCGCGUUCGCUUAGCAGUUCGAUCAACGAUGUUCGCAGUAUAGGUACUGUCAUGGACACAGAUGUAGAACUUGCCAAAGGUGAAGGGUGUGAAACUAGUCCAGGUUGCUCUGGCUAUUCUAGCAUGGUGCACAGCAAAAAAGUUAUCAAACAUGCACUACGACAGCAGGCUAAGAGGCGUAGGAAAAAUACAACUAUUGCAGCUGGCAAUUCUCGUACUUUACCAAGGAUUGUCGUCAAACCAUUACCUCCACCUCCACCAAAUGAUCCACCAUCUCCAGUUAAUAAUGUACAGCACAUUAACACCAGUGAGUAGGAUGCAUUUAUUAAUUUAUGUUUAUAUAAAGAAGAGCCUGCUGCCACAAUGAGAGAAGUCCUGGCAAGUUUGCCAGGAUUUAGUUUGAAGCCUGGGCGUAGACGAUCAACAAAAAGAUUAUCAGCAACUGCACAGUUGGAGGCUGGUCUUGUAGAUCUUGAGUCUCCAGCAAGUAUCUUAGCAAGUACAAGUUUACGUGCUCUUUUAAAUAGGCAUACCUUUCAAGGUUUACCACCUUUGUAUCAAAGAAAACUUGCACAGCUUUUACCUGCUGUAGAUAGACAGGAUGCUGCUACAUCUGGAUUAAACAAUGAAUUCUUUGCACGAGCGUGCUUAGAAUGGCGUAAACGCUUGGCAGAAGGAGAGUUUACUCCAGAAAAUCAACAACGAUUAAAGAUGGAAGCAGAAAGAGAUAAAAAUAAAUUAGAUCCAUGGAAAGUGAAACAUUUUGAACCAAUAUGGGGAGAAAAACGCGAACCUAAACUUAGGUCGGGCCUCCACUGUAUUUCGGAAUCAAGAUCCGGGGGAGCUGUAACUCGUUCAAGUUUAAGACUUCGUUUAGAGUCUAAUGUAGAUACACCUGCAUCAGAUACUCCUUGUCCUAUUAUUAUAUCUGAAGAUAAAGUCGAAGAAGAUAAUUGUAAAGUUGACACUAGUAUAAAUAAUUCAGAUGAAUUAAACGAAGCAACAGAAAUACAAGAAUUAUUACCAACAGAAUAUAAUGAAACAACCCAUACAUUAAUUGAUGAAAAGCAAUUAGAAUCUGUAAACAUAAGUUCCGUAGAAACAAUAGAUACUGAAAUGCAUCAAGAUAAACUAGAGGAAGAUGAUAAGGUUAUUAAUCUACCAGAAAAACAAGACAUAAUUGAGGAAAAUGAAGUAGUGACACAAGUUUGCCAAGAAAAUAUUUCGAACACGUACGAAGAAGAAAUUCACUUACCUCAAAGUGAGAAAAAUCUUCAGUCAAUGGAGAACCACAUGCUUGAAGUCUCCGAAGAAGAUACGAUACUCUUACCUGAAGAGAAUACUUCACCAAGAUCCAGUGAACAAACAGAACAAAUAUCCCAUACAUCUAGGGAAACAUCAUCCCAAUUAUCAACAGAAUGCACGUCUCAAACUUCUUUAGAUCAAGUGUCUCAAAUAUCAAAAGAGCAAAUAUCUCAAAUGUCGGAAGAACAAAUUUAUCCUAUGUCUGAUUGUGAGACCACAGCUAUGCUCGAAACUUCACCAUCGCAUGAGCAAGUUCGACCAACCGAAAUUGUAAUGGAGGACUCUACAUUAAUCAGCAAUAAUCAGAUUGAAAGAACACAGGUUUCUCAUGAAAAUCCAACGGAUGGUGAGUCGCAAAUUCCUGAAGGAAUGGAGAUCGACAGUGAAACGUUGCAACGUAUUCAUGAAUUGGAGGUAAGGGGAGAAAUGCGUGAAGCGUAUGAAGAAAUUUCGGGAUGUCCCGAAGAAAUAAUGUACCCUAUUCUUGACGGAAUGGAGAUGGGGACGAAUAGUACAGAAGAGACCGAAACGCAAGUGGUCUCGGGACAAUCAGAGGCCGUUAGAGAUCAACAAGAUGUAAAUAGUGGUAACGAAGACGAAGCUCUUCGAGAAGCAAAUAAUUAUGUUUGUUCUGAAAUGUUAGAAUGUAGUUGGUCGGUAGACCCCACAGUUAAUAAUAUGAACAAUAACAAUAGGACUCAAGAAGAACUUCAAGUUCCAUGGCCACUAGUAGCUGCAGCUCUUGAUGGUUCUGUAGCUGCUAACAUUACAGUGACUACUCCGGAUGACUGUAAUGAGACACCUACAUCAACUGACUCGACUAAUCCGCCUCAACAAUUUAUCAAUGCGGAUUCUAACGUAGAGUCAGUAAACUGUAUCCAAUUGCCAGUCGUUCAAGGCACUCCAUUUCAGUCAGAAGGUCUUGCAAUUGGCACACCAGGCACAAGUUGUAUAAUGAAGAAUUUUCAGUCACAAAGUUCACCUAUCAUCACCUUUCCACAAUUGCAAUCCAUCAGAUUCGUGCAAACCAGUUUUCAUUCUGAUCAAAACACCGCGUCAACAUUGAACAACACCUCUCCAAUUACUGCUCAAAUCCAGAAUCAACAAAACACAACCUCGCAAGUAAAUAUAAUGAGAACGCAAGAGGAGGUCGUUCAGAUAAAUGCUCAAAAUAACAAUACACGAAAUAUCAGGAACAACGUGACGCAAAAUCAAGUUCCAAACACCGUGACAGCCGCGAUUGGCGUACAACCACAAAAUCGUGCGCAAAAUACUAUUGUCAUUCAACACCAAGCGUCGGCUCCAACGCAGCCACGACAAGUUGUAGCAACUAUACAACAACAACAAUACCCUGGAGCAACAGUUGCUGUAUCUUCAAGAUCUUCACGUUCUAAUAAUCAAGGCAGUCAGAGGGGUUCUAGGAAUAGUAAUAAGGAACAGGGAGGAGGCAGGUCACGUAGUACAACAAAAGAACCACCUGGUGCUGUUAACUUGGAACGCAGUUAUCAGAUAUGUCAAGCGGUCAUACAAAGUUCGCCGAAUAGAGAUCAAUUGAAAGCUCAUUUAAAACCACCACCUAGUUUACUUGCCAGAGGUGAUGGUGCGUUUACUACGAAUAAAUCUGGCGGUCGUACAAUCACGACCGUCAAAACUCAAAAACCAUCACAAACAAUACAAAAUAAACAAGCUCAAAAUAAAACGCAAGCAGUUAUGUUGAGACACGUAUUUGCAACAGCACGUCAAGCUACUUCCGCAGAGGUUCCAGAAAGCAAUACCGUAGCACAAUUAGGAUCUACGACAACAGGCGGAUUAGGCCAAUAUAUACUGGUACAGAGGACUGGUGUUGGAGACAGUGCACCGAGAGCAUCUUCUGCUCCACCUCUGCCACCUCAGAUUGCUGGAAUGGGUGUCGGGGUGCAUUUGGUACGUGGUAGACCAGCCAGCGCAGGGGAGGGUUCGCACCAAGCCGUGACAUUGAAAGCAAGAGGCACCGAUGGUAGGGGAGGAGGUGGCGCUGAACCUGGAGCACCCGGUAUGAUUAUGGGUGGAGACCCACCACCCCCAUGCGAAUGUAAUAUGCGAGGUGCUAUGGUAAUAUGCCGGCAGUGUGGCGCGUUUUGUCACGAUGACUGCAUCGGGCCUCAACGUAUUUGUGCUACGUGUCUGAUACGUUAAUCAUUGUUUAAUGAUUGUUUCUGUAUAAAUUGAAAGAGCAAACCGCGUGA